GUGCAGCGCGCUGCUGGGCGCCACUCCGCGCGCGCGCCGCCUGCCGCUGCCCCGCCCUGCCCGACGCGCGCCCCGGGCCCCGCGCCGCCCCGCGCCAACGCGCCGCCCCAACCCCACGCCCCACGCCCCUGCGCCCACGGCGCCCCGCCCGACUGCCCCCGCGCGACGCCCCGCCCCCCGCCCCGCGCCCGCCCCCGCAACCCCCGCCCCCGCCGCCCGACGCGCUCGACCCGCGCAACCACCAGCACAUGGCCGUGCUCUUCUGCAGCUACGCCGUCGUCUCCUCCGCCGCGCCCGCCUUCUGCGUCGACCCCUGGGUGGUGCACAUGGACCUGUACGACGCGAUGUCGGACGUGUCGCUGGAGCGCUUCCUGGAGCGGCACUGCUUCCGCGCGCGCGACUUCCGCUGCCCGAAGGAGGCGUGUGAGGCGCCGCUGCCGCACCACGUGCGCCGCUUCGUGCACGACGGCGCCUGCGUCACGCUCUCGGUGCGCGAGCUCCAGCGCCCGCUCGCCCCCGCCCCCGCGCCCAAGGCCGCCCCCAACACAGACGACCCCAACGACCUCGACGCAGGGGGCGGCGUGGGCGAGGGCGAGCCCGUGCUGGCGUGGAGCUGUAGUAUUUAGAAGUGCUCUCGCGCAUUAACCGCCCGCAUGAAUGGCCCGAGCGAGUUCUUAGCAAGUGCCUUGGCUGUGGCAGGGGGCGGCGCGGGCGAGGGCGAGCCCGUGCUGGCG